GAUCUUCCAAUCUUCUCCGGCAGCAACAAAAGCAAAAGAAGAGAUGCGAGGGAACAAAUCUCUUAAGUGCUUCAGUGGAGGCCAGGGGAGGGGAGGGGAGGGGAGACGAGGGGAAGGGAAGGGAAGGGAAGGGAAGGUGAUGCGCAUGGACAGGGCAAGCAAAUAGAUUCGGCAGCCAGCAGAGGAGGAGGAGGAGGAGAAAGAGCUUUUGCUCGCUCGCUGAGGCGUGCUGUGCUGACUUGCGGGGCAUGGAGAAGACUGUACAGAGCGUUUGACACUGUUGGGCUGAAAGAUUCCGCUGCCGAGAGAAAGAGAAAGAGAAAGAGAGAGAGAUUUGGAAGGGGGAGUUGAAGAGGAGGGGAGAAUGGCGGAAGUGGAAUGGAGGUAAUGGCAGACGGGGGAGAGAGAAGGGGCCCCACUUCACAGCAGGAGGAGGAGAGGAGGUGGUGGUGGUGGAGGAGGAGGAGGAGCGUGCUAGUGACGAGGUAGCAAAGAAGGCAGAGAGAGAGAGAGAGCGAGCGAGCGUCGCGCGAGGAGGAGACCCGAGAGAGCACAUCGGUUAGAUCCAUGCUCGGCUGAUCUCGGUUUCCUCCUUUUUCGACAGCGUUAGCGUUAUGGUGAGAGUCUCCUGUGUACACUAGAAAGAGCAGAUCCAGAUUUAGCCGCCUUUGAGUGUGCGGGCUCCAAUUUGAUUUGAACGAGUUGAGAUGAUGCAAUGACGAUGUGCGGCCGAGAAUAUGAGUUUUUUGAGGACUUGUGCAUGUCGAAGCUCGUGAAACACGUCGAAGAUAUGUAAUGGUCGAAUGUUUUAUAAUCUGGAGAAAAGUUUCCGCCAAGAGUCCGAUCGAGCACUAUGCGCAUGAACCUUGCAUUGAGAGGCAAAUUGCAGAGAUCGCUUGCAAUCUUCAGUCAAUUUUGGAAAUUCGAAGCCUCUAGAGGAAUAAUUGCAAGCUGUGCUGUCCAGUCGCUUUAGUUUUAACGCCGUUGGGAGAUCAGAUCAAGUAUGGGGAAGGAGACUGUCCCGCUUCCUGAACGGGAAAAGGAUAAGGAAGGACCGAAGCAUGUCCUGGUCACGGGAGGAGCAGGUUAUAUUGGAUCACAUGCGGCACUUCGUCUUUUGGAAGAGGGUCUGAAUGUCACAGUCUUGGAUGAUCUAUCAAGAGGCAACCUAGGCGCCAUCAAAGUACUGGAAGAAUUGGCAAGGCCCGGCCAGUUCCAGUUCAUUAAGGCAGAUUUAACUGAUCUGGAAGAACUUCAUGAGGUGUUUGCCAUGAACGACUUCGACGUGGUUAUGCACUUUGCUGCACUGACAUAUGUUGGAGAAAGCAUGACAAAGCCACUGUUGUACUAUCAAAUAAACACAGGGAAUAUUGUGAAUGUUCUUGAUGCAAUGCGCGUCCACAACGUGACCAAGUUUAUCUACAGCAGCACGUGUGCAACAUAUGGUGAUCCGAAACAAAUGCCUGUCAACGAGGAGACACCUCAGGUUCCGAUAAAUCCUUAUGGACUAUCCAAGAAAAUGGCUGAGGAGGUUAUCAAGGAUUACGCAAAUUCUAACAAGCAAUUUUCUGCUGCAAUUUUGAGAUACUUCAAUGUUGUGGGAGCAGAUCCCAGUUGCCGUCUUGGGGAGGCACCUUCACCCGCAUUGAAGAUGUAUUCCCGACUGACCACAGCUUGUGUGGAUGCUACGUUGGGGCGCCUUCCUUGCAUAAAGAUAUUUGGCACGAACCAUCCUACUGAGGAUGGAACAUGUGUUAGAGAUUAUAUUCAUGUCUUGGAUCUCGUCAAUGCACAUGUAGCCGCAAUGAAUCAUUUGACUGAUGGUGAAGUUCAGAUCUUUAAUGUGGGGACAGGUAGAGGACAUUCUGUACGCGACUUCAUUGCCGCAUGGAGAAAGGUGACAGGCAAAUCUAUCAAUGUUGAAGAGAUCCCGGAGAUGCGAGCAGGUGAUACACCAAAGGUGUAUUGUGACCCAUCUAAACUGGAGAAUGAACUUGGUUGGAAACCAGAGUACGCUGAUUUGGAAUCCGCUUUGGCAACUGCUUGGAGUUGGCACCAGGCCAACCCCGACGGGUAUUCCUCUUCCUCUUGAUCAAUCUUCGUGUAGAUAGACAGGUCUUGAUGCUUAUUCCUGUAAUCCCUAGAUGAGCAGAGGUUCUUAGCAUAGCAACACCUCCAUCAUUGAAUUUUUAAGACUUUACAGGAGAUCACACACAAAGUUCCCAGCAAAAGGUGAACAUCUUUGCUAGCUUUGUUUAGUUAUGUGUCAAGCUCAUCCGAGCAAGAGUUGUACUCAUUCUUUCAACACAAUCAUUCAUUCUUUAGAGAGCCAUUAGUAUUGGGCUCCAAAGUUGGAAAUAAAUUAAGGUACCUAGCCUCGCAUACACGAAGUGGUAGUUGGUCCCUAGUGAGCUAAGGAACGUGUAUGAACUACAAUCUAGUCUGUACCGAGAAGUAAAUUUGUCUGGAAUUAGUGCUGUCAGUAUGGUCCUCAGACUAUAUUGAUAGUCAAAAUUGAUGGCGGGAGUUUGAUACCUGUUGGAGCAUGUCAUGAGUAGCAAUUUUGGACUGACGAGCGUCUGGUGGACAAGCUUUUGCCCUCUUGUGAGGGAGAAGCUAUGGACUUUUUAGCUCGUUUGCCCGGCGUUCUGGAACAUCGAGUUUCACUGAAAAUCCCCAAUGUAGUAGCUGCUGGAAACCUCGGUUUUAAAAGACUUGCACGUACCUUGCCAUACAUAGGUCACAGUG